AUGAACCCAUUUGUAACAAUUGGUUGUGCUUUGUUAGCUGCUAUUGUUAAUGCUGCUUAUACCUCGGUGUUCGACGCCCUUCGGACGUCAUUUGGUGCCGAGGGAAACGAUUAUGACCUUACACACUUAUAUGACGAUUGCGUUAACGACGUGAACGGACCUUGGAACUCACCAACGGCGGCAGGCAUUGCUGCCACCGGUCUUGUUGUUGGUGGUCGCCUAGGUUGGUUGGCAUAUAGGAAAUGGAAUAGUUUUGGCAAGGAAAUUGAUGAUGCAGACCAGGAGCACGAAACUGACAAGAGGAACGCCCAAACCCAGGUGUCUCUAGAACAUCUGGGACAACCAGAACCUGACAACGAACGACCGGAACCUGACAACGAACGAGAUGUGGAGGAACACCAGGAAACAGACAAGAGGAACGUCGAAACCCAGGUGUCUCUAGAACAUCUUGGUCAACCGCAAAAUGACAACGAACCAGGGGAUGAAAUCGAAAAAUCUAAAUUGGCAGACAUCAUGCGUCUUCAAGAGGAACUGCUUGAGGGAAAGAAGCAGUUAAAGGAAGAAUUGAGAGAUGCUGCCAAUCAAAGAAACAGGAUGGAGGAGUGUCUGGAAGAGGCACAAGAAGAAGUCCUGGUUCUGAAGGACGAAAUGAUGGCGAUGGAAUAUGAGAACGAGCAGAGGUUAAUACAAAAAGAAAAUGAAAAUGCGGCUGUCAAAGACGCCAUGGAGGCGGCUUUAGACCACCAGCGUAGAACAAAUAACCUCUUGAAAGAGGCAGAGGCUCAGAACGAGGCUUUACAACGUCGCCUGAUGGAAAAAGACGAGUUGUUAAAGCAGAAAAAGCACGAGCUAGAACGGAAAAAUGAAGUUUCGAGAAAGGAGGAAGAGCUGAACGCGCUCUUGAGAGAAGUCACCCAGAAGGAAAGAGACUUCGAUUUGUACAUGAGAAAUUCUAAGAAGGAUCUGGAACAGAGAGAAAAAAAUCUCUCCCAAAAAGGAAAGGAGCUGGACAAAAAGUUCUCCAAUUUACAACAUGCGAAGAAGGACAUUAAAAGUGAAGAAAAGAAAGCAGGCAAGGCAGUGCAAUCGGCCCUGGAGAAGGAAAAAGUCAUACUGAAAUUGGAGAAUGAGUUGAAGAAGAGGGAAAAAGCUGUCCUCGAUAAAGAAAAGAACCUCUUUCAAUUAGAAGAAAAGUUGCGAGGUAAGGAAGAAGCCGUCCUCACAUUGAAGAAGAAUGUUAUCAAGCUGGAAGAAGAGUUACAAGCCAAAGAAGAGGCUGUCAUCGAAACUCAGAAUAAUCUGUUGAGAUUCGAUGAGAAAGUACAGGCGAGAGAAGAUGAACUGAUGGCAAAAGAAGAAUCCGUCAGCCACCAAGAAUCUGUUCUGAUGGAAUUCGAUCAGAAAUUACAGGCAAGAGAAGAAGAACUGGUGGCAAAGGAAAAGUCCGCCCGCCAGCAAGAAUCUGUUCUAAUGGAAUUCGAUCAAAAAUUAAAGGAAAGAGAAGAAGAAUUGGUGGCCAAGGAAGAGUCCAUCCGCCACCAGGAAUCUGUUCUGAUGAAAUUCGAUCAGAAAUUACAGGAAAGAGAACAAGACUUGUUGAGAAAAGAAGAGUCCUUCUGUCACCCAGAAAUAGAAGAGGACUUACAAGUGCAAGGGCAGCUCCUUCAAAACGAGGCAAGUCCAGUGUUAGGCGAUGGGUUACCCGAAGAAGGUGAACCCAAAGUAAGUUGUGAGACACCUCCAGUCGAUGACAAAAAAAUUCUACCUGCUGGAGAAGAAGAAAACGAAGUCACUGAACUCUCCAUCGCCGAUCCCCACACUUCACUGAAUGAAGUGGAGAAUGUUAAAGAACAAUGCCUCAAAGAGAGAAAGGGGAAAGGAAGGAAAAAUAGACGCAGAAAGAGGCAGGAGAGACAGCAAGAGCGUCUUGGGGAGAAAAGUCCAGUGUUAGAGGAUGGGUUACCCGAAGAAGGUGAACCCAAAGAAAGUUGUGAGACACCUCCAGUCGAUGAGAACAGAAUUCUACCUACUUCACUGAAUGAAGUGGAGAAUGUGAAAGAAGAAUGCCUCAGAGAGAAGAAAGGGAAAGGAAGGAAAAUUAGACGCAGGAAGAGGCAGGAGAGACAGCAAGAGCGUCUUGAGAAGGAAAACACUGCUGUUUCAGAAGCAGCUGCCAGACCUGAAGUGGAAGACAGUGAACCUGAAGAAGGAGGAUCUGGAAGUCCAAGCCUUUCAGAUGAGGACGCACCACUACCCGCUGGGAAGGUCGACGUGGAAAUGGCCCAACUAUCCAUUGCCAAUUCCAUCAACAUCAUCUAUGAUGUGGAACAAUUGGAAGAAGAAUGGAUAAAAGAGGAGAAGAAAGGAAAACGGAGAAACAGGAGAAAGAGGCAGCGAGACCAGAGUGAAGAUUAUGAGCCUGUGAACAGUGAACCUGAAUCAGGAGUUGAAGAAAAUUCAAUAAUAGAGGACACUGUAGAAAUGGAAGACAACAACGAAUCACACGAUGACAGCGAAGAAUCAAAGUAUUGGGAAGAUUCAGAAGAUGAGUUCUCAGAAGAGCAAGAUGAGGAAGACGAGGAGGACUCAGAAGAAGAGGAUGAGGAGGAUGAGGAGGACUCUGAACAAGAUGAGGAGGAUGAGGAGGACUUAGAAGAAGAUGAGGAGGAUGUGGAGGAAUCAGAUCAAGAAGAAGAGGACUCAGAACAAGAGGAAGAGGAUGAGAACUCAGAACAUAACAGGCCUAAAGCUAAAGCUAAAGCUACAGCUAAAGCUAAAGUUAAAACUCAGGCUCAAGAGUAUGUAUGGCGGAUUCCAGGGUUACCCAGGAAACGAAUUCCGGGACUACAGAAGAUGAGGCCGCCAAAUCCGCAAGCGAAAAAAUGCCGCAAGAAGACGAAGGAGCAAAAGAGCCAAAUGAAACAGGCUCGAAAACAACAAGUCCACCAAAAGGUUAAGAGGAAUCAGUUCCAGCGAGGAGGAAACAGAUGGUAA